UUUAAGGAGAGGGGGCUAAUUCGAUUUGGCCAGAGCCAACUGCACCAAUUAAAGACACAUCAUCAAACUCGGCUUGGUGCUGUGCUGUACCAAAAAUACCUUUGCAGCAGCAUUUACAGCCCAGAGGCAGUCAGAGGGAGCACUCCCCCUGCCUGCUAAACCAGGAGAUCCCUGUUUGAUUUUUGCUGGAGACGUUUUGUUUUUUGGAGAAAGCCCCCAAAUACGCCCCGAGAAGGAACAGUGAAGAGAGAAGAAGCAGAUGAGGCAGAUUGCUUCUUUAUGCUGCUGCAUUCAUCCUGGUGCUGCUGAGGUUGGGGUGGGAGGGAAUGUUGUGAAUGACUGAGGCAGCAGAGCAGCUGAGUGAGACUAACAAGUGGUUGCCAUGCAGCAGGAGCAAGCGCAUGUGCUUCUGGAGAGAGAGCUAGAGAAACAGAAUGAUAAUGAGCAGCGGGCGGCAAGUAAAGGAGCAUGAGGACAGGAGCUCUAUCUCUCAGAAUAGACAUAUAAUAGCUCGAUCCAGCCUUCCGCUUCCAUUCCUCUCUUUUAAUCUCUUCACCUCUGGCUUUUUUGCUUAGAUGAGCAGUUAGCCUAGCACAUCCAGAAUGCCAGCAAUGGAUGAAUUAAUGGAUAUACAUCUGAAGGCUUCAAGAAGGAGGAGUUGUUCGGAAGAGACGGCAGCAACAGGUCUGUAAGGAUGGCACGAUAAUGAUGGUAACAUGCAGGCUUCUAAACGCCUGACCCUAUCAGAGGAGAGAUGAGGCACCUAGAUGUUGGUUUACCAUGAGCAGCGUCCACUACAACCACUCCCUUGCUGCCAUGAGCGGAAACGACAUGAUGGCGCACUCUCUGACUCUGGAGCAGAAGACAGCCUUUGCCUUUGUGGGGAUGCUACUGGUGUUUUUGGGGCUGCUAAUAGUAAGGUGUUUCAGGAUCCUGCUGGACCCCUACAGCAGUAUGCCCUCCUCCAACUGGGCUGAUGGCAUUGAGGGGCUGGAGAAAGGGACGUUUGAGUACGCCCUUACUUAACACAGGGACACACGCAUCAGUAGAUGUCCUGGCAAGCAAGAAGUGUCCAUGGAAAUCCAUAUGCAUAUUCACACACACACACACACACUUGCAAACAUGAACGCACACAAGCUCCGCACAACCAUUGCACGCUGAAACGCCAUUAAGACAUUACUGUGGCAUACCAAACUCCAACAGCAAAGCCGCGUGUGUUGUUUAAUGUGUGUGAAUUGUUCAGUGUCCGUGUGCGACUACAUGUUUGUUGUAUGCGUGUGCGUAUGCGUGGUGGUCAUAUUCUCCGCCCUUCUGCCAGGGGGUGUGUAUUUCAAAUCAUCGAUUUACACAGAACUUGGCUGAAGCUCCCUUUAACCCAUACCUGCGAGAUGAAUGAAUGUCUGUAGAUAGUAAGAGAAGGAUGUUCAUGGAAACGGGUGGGAGAUUAGGAUGCAAUGGAUCUUUUAAGAUAUAGUUUGAAGACUCAGGGACAAGAUUCCUCAUGUGAACUUAGAAUGGAAGAGAGAGAGUGUUUGAAACUCUGCACAGCUAAAUUGUUCUGCACAGGAAUGUAUAUGAGUGGAUACAGGGUAUUACGUCUAACUAGUGCUUUGUAGCCUAAUCAAAUCCAAUCUGUGGAUGAUCCAAAUGGAUGCUGCUGCUGCUGCUGUGUGUGUGCAGUUCAGUCCCUUUCUGUGGUGUCUUGUUCUCUGAAGUCAUGCAAUGAAAGGCAACACGACAAACUGUGAUUUACAUUAUGGUGUUACUGUUUCUAAAUGAUGCAAAAUCAACUCUCAAGAGUUUGUACUGCUGCUUUUUUUUUUGAAUGAUGGUAUACUGUAUCCUGCCACAACCACAUGUAAGUGUGAAAGGAACAAAAAACAACCCCAACUGUUUACUUUGAUACGUGUGGCAGUGUUGCUCUAUGACUUGUCAAGCAUUACUUCCAUUGUUUAGCUUUCAAGCGAAAUGAGGACGAAAAAAAUUGGAAGGACUUCCUCAUUCCCAGCACUGCUAGUUUUCUGAUGACAAGGAGAAACUCUCACUGCUCACCUGCCUGCAAAGGAAAAGGUCACAUGGAAAACAGGUGUGGGAUGAGCGUCCCCACUCCGCCUGAACAUCUUUAUCCUCUAGUUUCGGUCUCACCUCCAGUCUUCUUUUCAGACAGAGGAAGACAGAACAGUUCUAAACAGAGAUUCUGUAAUUCGGCCCACUGCUCAAAGUCUGGAGUGUUCCUUUGCUAAUUUCUACGGUCUACGGUUUCUCCUUAGUGCUGUGACUCUGCCUUACUGUGACCUUCAAUGGGUUUAUGUGCCUUCAUCUAGAAAACAUUAGAGCACCUGUUUGUGCGUGCGUGCGUGCCAGUGUACGCGUGCAUGUGUGCGUGCGUGAGUGUCAUAUCAUGACGACAGGCCUGUUGCUUGCUCAGCUGGUGGUAGAGGUUUCUCAUUGAUUUUCCUUGGAUCCAAUGAUGUAUAAAUAAAUAGAAUUUUCUUCACUUUAAAAUAUUGCUUGCAAAGUCUCUGUGUUUUGUGCCUCUUGUGUCUUAUGUGGGCAGAUCUGUUUUACUUGUGAGCACGCCACACGCUACAAAAUUUCAAGCCUUUUUACGUGGCCUGCUCGUAAGCUAGGAGAGCAGUUUUGCAACAUUGCUGCAGCAACAGAGGGAAGGGGAGCAAGAGAGAGAGCCACAGGGCAAUACUGGAGAUUUAGAAGCAGUCAGACCUUUGUGUUUUUUAAAAUAAAACUUUUACAAAUAGGUCCUCGUGCAGAAAUUGAUGAUAUGCAUGUGCAUGUGUGGUAUGGUCUGGAGACAUAUGGGGGCUAAUGCAACAGCAGACACAAGCAGAUCUGCAGAGCCCACAUGCAGUUUACAAUGAAAGGCCACCCUGUUCAUCCCCUCUGACACGCAUCAUUUGUCAGGAAUGCAAUCAUUAUUGCGCCAUUAUCUCCAUCACCUAUGUGACAUCCUUAUCUGAAAUCUAUUCUUAGCAGGAAAAAGCCCAAUUUGCCUCUCAAGCCUACAAGCCCACUUAAAAGAAAAAAUGAACCCGACAUUGUAACAAAGGUUAUCCAGGAAGUGUUUCGAAACGUUGCACUGUCUUGUAAUAUGUCACUCUGCUGUCAGCUCGGACGGUUUCCGUUAUUCUUUUAAACACCAUAAAUCGCUAUCCCUCCACUGACUCGAAUAAAACAAAGAGAGAGCUCUUUGGAUCUUUGGCUGCUGGGUUUGAUGGAAAUAGGAGCUGAGUGAUUACAAAAUUAUUAUUGCACAGAUCAUCUGUUGAUGGCAUGACUGAAUAAUGUACCUUAGCGUUGCUGAUUAUCGAUCAUUAGUUUUAUAACUUGCGAUCUUCGGACUUCACCAGCUAUGACCUUGAUGUCGCGAUAAGGCCAGAAGAUACAAAAAGUUUAAUUUUUGUUUAAACCAAAAGCAAUUUAAUACAAUCUGCUGCUUUUAGUACAAGAGCUUUAGGAAAUCAUUUUAGUGAGGCGAAUAUUGUAGUUUAAAUGCCUCAUUUUAACACUGCACUGGUUAUUGUCAGUGCCCUUGGGUCAGAUCUAAUGCUUUAUCUAAGACUAUUUAAUUUUAGACUCGUGACUUGAGUUACAUAAUUUGACAAGCCUCCCCAUAAUUGCAUUUGCUUCUGAUAAAGAGCAAUGGUGCCAAAAAUGGCACGUUGUAUAGAAAACUUAAAAUCAUAAAAGUUUUCAAGCUGUUUAUUUAUUUUUUCACAGUUCGUGCCGGGUUUGCGGGGUUGCUUUUGCAUGUAUAAUCUUAAUGUGGACAGACUUGAAAUAAGCCCUUUGAACAACUGUGGAAGCCUGUAUGAAUGAACAUAUCAAUGAUUACCUACCUCGAUAUAUAUCAUUGUUUUAUAAUGGUUAUUAAUGAUUAAAAGGCUCUUUAAUAAUUUACUUUUAAAUGAUUUAAAAAACUGAUUCUUGGAUACUCUUUUCUUAGUUAUUUGCAAGUUAAUGUUAAUGCUAACACUGCUAACACUGAAAUCAAUUCAAACCAGGGUGGUUUGAAUUGAUUUGAUUCAAUGGGCAUACAAGAUAAUAUAUGUACAGGAUAGUUUAUUUUACCUGAAUACCUAUCCUUAUUAUUAAUGAUAAUGAAUCAGUAUAUAUUAUCUGAGUUUAAUAUUACAAGGAAACACUUCUACGUGUAGUAGUUAUGUAAAAUAAAGGUUCUGAAAAAGCUGAAUUUUCAGAAAAGUGCUACUAGUCUUGGAUCAAAGGCUGCAGUAAAGCCAUCAAAGCAAGAAGUUGCGAGUUAUUUCACAUUAGACUUUUUAUCCUUUUCAUUUUAAGGAUCACGUUUUGGUCUUU